AUGACUUCUAUAAGCAAUAAAAUAGUCAAAAGAAAUAUAAAUACAGAUGAAAGUACAACAACAACAACAACAACAACAACAGAAAAAACAACGGUUACUCUAGAUAACAACGAGAUCAUAAGACAAAGAAGAGAAAUGAUAGAAUCAAAAAAGAGAAAAAAGACUAUAAUCUACUACACAGUUAUUAUAUUGUUUAUAGUCAUAUUCUUUUUGGGGACUGAAGUUAAAAUGGUAGAAUCUACCACUGCUAUGAAUAGAGUAAUCGAACUAAACUAUACUCAAAUUGAACUUGUUAUAAAAAAAUCUCCUCCUCUUCCUCCUCCUCUUGCUCAAAUCAAUUCUUCUCUACUACAACACAAUGAUUCAAAUAUUCAAGCAACAACUCCAUUUCUCUUAUUGUUGUAUAGAGAUGAAUGUAGUUUCUCAAAGCAAAUGAUACCAAUAUUUGAUGAAUUAUCAAAUAUCUUUCCUCAAAUACCACAUUAUAGAUACAAUAAUAAGAUUCCCUCAUCGAUUGGAUAUUCCAGAUUAACACCGACCAUUGUUUUGGUACAUAAAAAUCAUUCCUCCUCUCUAACAACAAAAACCAACAUUGACAAUAAUAAUAGUGGUAUCGAUAAUCAAAAUAAUAAUAAUAAUAAUAAUAAUAAUAAUAAUAAUAAUAAUAAUAAUAAUAAUAAUAAUAAUAAUAAUAAUAAUAAUAAUAAUAAUAUUUCAGACACCAAAAAUAUGGGUAUAAAGUACUUUAGAUAUACUGGUAUAAAGUCAUUUGGAAAUCUCAAACAAUGGAUCAUUGAAUCAACCAAAUUGAAUCCAAUCAAUGAUGACACCCAACAACAACAACAGACAAACCCUACGAUUGAAAAAGAAGAAGAAGAAGAGAUGAGCAUUGACCUUUCAAAAGUUAAAUUUGUUCAAGUAGUAGAUGAUGAAGAUUUAAGUGAUUAUGAAGAAGAACAAGAGGAGGAGGAGGAGGAGGAAGAAGAGACAAAGGUCGCAAAAGUUGAUGCGGAAACAGAAGAAGAGAAAAAAAUGUCACAAAAGAGAAAAUUAAAGUCAUUGUUUAAACCAGAUUACUCUAUAUCAUCAUUGUAUACUGGUGGUUUUAUUACAGUAUCACAUGACUCUAAAUUCAUUAUAUCAACCAAUGGAUAUACUCUAUGUUUUACAGAGAGUGACAGUGGUAUCGAAUAUUGUCAACCAUUAAAAUUGGAUGCAAAGGUUUCUUCAUUUGCAAUCAAUAGCAAGUCUAAUCUAUUGGUUGUUGCAUUAAACAAUAAUAUAGUUCAAUUGUAUAAAUUGAUUUAUAAUGAUAUCGAUACUACUACUACUACUACUACUACUACUACUACUACUACUACUACUACUACUACUACUACUACUACUACUACUACUACUGCUUCUACAACCUCUGAUGACAAAGAACAACAACAACAAAGAAUAGAAUUUAAAUUGGAAAAGCAAUUUAAAUGUGGAGAGUCACCAAUCAAUAGUAUCGAUUUUCAUUCAUCAAGUGUACUUGUAGCUAUCGGUUCUUCUGAUGGAAUAGUUCAAGUAUGGGAUGUAGAAAAGGGUUAUUGUACUCAUCAAUUUAAAGAAAAUUAUGGAGUUGUAUCUAUUGUGAAAUUCCAUCCAAAACAAUUAUUUAUUGUUGCUGUUAGUGAUGAUUCCAAAAUUAGAUUGUGGGAUUUAUUUGGAAAGAAUCAUUUUGUAUUGGACAACCAUCUUUCAGUUGUAUCAUCUUUGACAUUUACAAAUGAUAGUAAAUUAUUGGUAUCUGCAGGACGUGACAAGGUAAUUAAUGUUUGGAACAUUGAAAAGAGUAUUGCUGCUGCCGCCAGCGGGAAUAAUGCACCAAACGCUACAACCACCAUAGUGACACCGCAAAAGACUAUACCAAUAUUCCAAGAACUUGGAGGAAUGAUCGCUCUUCCAAAUAGAUACUAUCAAAAUGUUGAAUCAUGUCAACUUCCUCAAGAGUUUAUUGAAAAGAUAAACAAAACAAUUAUCAAAUUAAAUGGAAUCAAUCAACAAACAAACACAGUAAACAAUUUGAAUAUAGUAGUUGGUGGAGAAGAUGUUUUAAGAGCAUGGUGUAUCGAAACUGGUGAAUGCCUUUGGAAUGACCAAGGUAUCGAAUUUAAAAAGAAAACUCAAAAGGAAAUGGAAAAAGCUUCUGAAUUUUUAAAUAAUCCAAAUAUUAUUACAUCUGUUUUAUGUCGUGGUGAUUUAUUAUUAUCAAUCACAUCAGAACAUAAUAUUAUGAAAUUUAAUACAAAUACAAUGGAAAGAAAUGGUGAAAUUAUUGGUUACAAUGAUGAAAUUGUUGAUAUCAAAUAUAUUGAUCAAGAUAAUAUUGCUGUUGCAACAAAUUCAAAUGAAAUUAGAUGUUAUAAUUUAAAAACUAAACAACCAAAAUUACUUAGAGGUCAUGAAAAUUUAGUAAUGUCAUUGGACGUUUCUGCCGAUGGAAAGACAAUAGUAUCGGCAUCAAAAGAUCAUACUAUAAGAUUGUGGGAUGCCAAUCAACAUAAAUGUAUUGCAAUUGGAAAGGGACAUACAUCCGAGGUUACAAGUGUUGCCAUCUCCAAGAAAGCAGGAUCCAAUCGAUUUGCAAUCUCUGGUAGUGGUGAUAAAACAAUUAAAUUGUGGAAACUACCAAAUACAGAUGCCAAGACAACAACAACAUCACAACCACUAUUACAAGUUAGUAAAACAGUUGUUGCACACGAAAAGGAUAUCAACUGUAUUGCAAUUGCACCAAAUGAUAAGAUUUGUGCAUCGGCAUCACAAGAUGGUUAUGUUAAAAUAUGGAAUAUAUCAGACCUUUCAUUGGUACAAUCAUUCAAGGCUCAUAAAAGAGGUAUUUGGUAUACAGAAUUUUCACCAGUCGAUCAGUGUCUCUUGACCUGUUCGGCUGAUGGUACCAUAAAGUUGUGGUCACUUGUUGAUUACACUUGUCUCAAGACAUUAGAGGGACAUCAAACAUCGGUUUUGAGAGCAUCUUUUGUUACCUAUGGUAUGCAAGUCAUAUCUAGUAGUAGCGAUGGUCUCUUGAAAUUAUGGACCAUCAAGACGAGCGAAUGUGUAGCUACAUUUGACGAAGAGAAUGCUCACCAAAACAGCAAGGUGUGGUCAUUGGCAGUCAACCACAACUCCAAGGACAAGGAACAUCCUCAAUUUAUCACUGGUGGAUCCGAUUCAAAGAUUAUUGUUUGGAGCGAUCAUACUGUUACAGAACAGGAAAAACAUCACCGCAAACAAGAAGAACAAAUCCUCAACCAACAAAUGUUGGAUACUUCACUUUUAAAAAAAGAUUAUUCUCGAUCUUUAAAGUUGGCUUUGAUUUUGAAUCAACCUCAUCAAUCUUUAAGAAUAUUUCAAACAAUUGUAAUGGAACAAGACAAACAAAUAGAGGAAAAUAACCAAGACAACAAUUCUCUAAUGAAAUCGGUUCUUUCAAAACUUUCAACAAAUGAUUUGUUAAAGUGUCUCAAAUAUAUUAGAGACUGGAAUACAAAUUCAAGAUUUGUUCAUGUCUCUCAAAUUGUUUUAUAUUCAAUUUUGACUUUAUUAAAAGCAGAACAAUUAUUAUCUUUUGAAAAAGAAUUGGCUACUCUUUUAGAGUCAAUGAUUCCAUAUAAUGAAAAACAUUUCAACAGAGUAGAUCGUAUCAUUCAAAAAACUUAUUUAUUGGAUUACACCAUCGCAUCAAUCAACCCAACACUUACCAGUAAUAAUAUCUUUAACAAAAAUUAA